AUGUUGCUGGGCUCCGAAGGUCGACCAGCUCGAAAUGACGACAAACUUGAAAUGGAAUUAGAAUCGAACAUCACUGUGGUGAAGCUUGAUCACGGAUUGAAGAUGGAAGCGCAUUCGACGUUCGACGACACGCCGACAACUCAAGAAGGUCUCGAUAUCAUCAUUCAUCAGACGAUUCAUAUUCAUCAAUUGCCGUUGAAUGAGGCGCCGAGCGUCGCGCGACUUGUCCGCAGCAAUCCAACAAUAGGUGCGUUUAUUAAGGUGAAUGGAAAAUUAAUGCAUUUGAUUUUUGGUUUUGAAUAUGAGCAUCUCGAUUUAGACAACUUUUUCAUGAAAUUCUGA